AUGUCCUUGCGCGGCCCCAUGCGGCGGUCGCAUCUGCGGCAAGUGAGCGCGGCGAGCUUGGAGAGCAGCUCCACCCACUCACUGGAGGCCUCACAUCAUCGCGACGACAAUGAUACGACCACAGAUGAGCGAACCGUCAAGCUGUCUCCAACCAAUUUGACUCGGCACCAAUUUGCACUCUGGGUGCAUGAUGAAAUGUUCUCGCGUGAAGAGGUUUUGUUGAACCCUUCGGCUUUCGGCGAAUCCGGAGUCCAAGUUGGGGAUGUUGUCGAGAUCUUGCCCGUCCGGGCAUUUGGCGACAUGGGCAGUUACGCUCUGAAAUCCGAGGCGGCGCCAAAAUCUAUACGUGAGCACGCUGAACUGAACUCGUCAUCUCAGGCGGACAGCACCUCGAAAUUCAAGACUCCCUUGCAGAGCCGGUGUCUCUUUGUGGUGAAAGCGCUCCCACCGGAAAUCAAGGCUCGUCAUCCGCAACUGGAGAUUUCCGUGACCAACAACGUUGCCAAUAUUUUUGGCUUCAAGAACAGGACUCAAGUUCUCCUUUCGAUUGUAGACCGCGAACAAUGCGCGGCGUCUCAUGUCGAUAUCGCGUUUCGCGACCAAUACAUGGUCCGCUCAGACAUGUGGAGGCUCGUUAUGUCAGAACUGGCAGAUAAGAUCGUCUAUAAGGGACAGAAAAUUAUGUUCAUGGGAAGCAUCAAAGCCACUGUCAAGAACAUCUUCAUCCGAGAGAAGAAAUGCCUCUCAGGAUACUUUGCUCCAAGUACUAUCCCUGUUUUCCGAAGCGAGUCUGCCAAAUAUGUUCUAUUUAUCCAAAUGUCACGGGAAAUGUGGGAUUUCGAUUCCGAAGGCACCGGUGACAUCUUGUUUAGUCGAGUUAUCAACGGCUUUUUGCCUGAGCUCUUCAAGAGAUGGGCUAACUCUGACGCAAAGCAUCUGGUGACUAUUGUCUUAUUCACUCGAGUCGAAUACGAUGCGCCCAUUCAGCCAAGCCAUGCUAAACCCAGCGCUGGGAAUUUCAGUACUAAAUCUGGGCCGAACAAGAAUCCGACUCGUGACUUCUAUCGCGUGGUUGUCAAUGAUAUGGCAAGUGGACACUGGACAACCAUUCUUGACGAGCUCAAAAAAGAAUUUAGAACCUUCUUGCGAGAUGUCUCAAUCCUGAAAUCAGAUGACAUUGAGGCUGCAUCUGGAAGUGGGCUCAAGAUACCUUCCAAACCAAACAUGGCAACCAUUGCUGGACGCCCCACUACGGCCUUGCGAGGGAAUAUUCUAGAGGCCAUCCAUCUUGCCUCUGCUCAUUUGGCUUUCGACCACAUCGAUCGGGACAUGGUACACACAGGUACUUCAAUCAUUGUCAUUACACCCGGUAGUGGCGUUUUCGAGGUUUCUUACGAGUCAUUGGCUUCUACAACGGAGGCACUUGCAAAUCGUGGCAUAGCCAUUGACUUGGUUUGCCUGAGUCCGAUGCCUCUUCACUCUGUGCCAUUGUUUAAAUACAAGGAGCCGGUGGAGCAGCCAUCAGGCGUUACAGGAGAUUCUAGUUCCAGUGACAUUCGAAGAAAUGCCCCUUCACCUGAGAUACACCAUUCCUUAUCAAGUGUUGUCAGCAGAUCAUCCUACCUCUCUCCGAGCUCAUAUUUGUCUGCAACGAGAAUGAGGGAACGUGCAGCUCCUCAGGCUAAAGAGUGGAGCUAUGGUAUUCCACAUUGGCUUGAUAUUUCUUACUGGAAUCCUGAAACCUACCGAGAGGCUCGAAGAAUCCUAAAGAAAGAUCCCAACGCCCCGAUCUCUUCAACUGUCACUCGCCCAUCCAAGGCAUUUACACCACGAGUACGCAUGUAUGAAAUUCAAAUGAUGGGGGUCAUGGAAAGUGAACAGUCAAAUAUCUCGAUUCCGUAUCUUGCCGAAGGACGUGGUGGUGGAGUGAGGCCUCGUGUUCCCUGGCCUGGAUACGGCCAAUUAUUAAGCCAUCCUCCCCCUAAAACUCGCUUUGCCAAUUCUUUGUCCUUGAAAGCGCCACAUAGUGACAGUCUACGGCCAGGGUCGUUCAUCCAAAAUGCUUCUCAACACUCAGCAGACUCGCAAACCCAAGAACUUCCCAACUCACGAAAGUCCGUGAUGGCUUGGAUGGACCAAUACGAUGAAAAUCUCUUUACUGUCUCCUCGAAAAAGCGUCAAAUCCACAGAACCACCAGACAAAAGCGGCCUAGUGAAACAGAAGUUCAGGCAGCCGCUGCUGGAGUGCAUGAACGGCUUUCCGCCCGCUCAAUUAUGCGACUCCGUGAUCAUGAAACAAACCCAGCAGAGGAUGAUGAGUCUUCGCUGCCGGGACCUCGAAGGAUUGACUCCAUGACAACGAUGAAACCCAAAGGUCCGGGCUCGAUCAAGAGUAUGUCUCCCAAGAAGCCAGCAUUGAAGAAGACGCCUACACCAAAGGCUUCACGAAUUUCCAAGACUAUCAGUUUCGCACUUCGGGGUUUGAGUGCCACCCCUCCAAGAGCUCAAGCAAGCACGGGAAUCAAUGUGGAGCAUGCGAGUGCUCUGCCAGCUGUAGUAUCCAGAACUCCAGCUGGGUCAAUCUCUGAUUCAAGAAGUAUAGCUUCUUUGAGUCCAUCAGAAACAACGUCCACUCAAACUGCCAUUGACGUGCCUUCAAGACCUCCCUCGCCUGGGAAGCCUUCACAGCCUCACUCCAAGCCAAUUUCCAUCAAGAUACCCCCGAAAAAUUCGCCGAAGGAAAUCGAGCAAGCAGAGCGUGCAGGGACACAUGGAUCAUUGUCAACGUCUGUAGCAGAGAUAUCAGCUCAUGACGUUGGUCGUGAUCAAAAUGAAGGCUCCUACCGGGAUCACAAAAUUGAGUUCAAACUCAACCACAGUCCACGCGAGCCAUCUGCGCCUGCGCGCAACUCACCAAGCAAGGCUUUGUCCCCUUGGGUUCGCUCGGUCAACCCUUGUAACACUCCUAAGGAUGUGCUAAGAGAUACUAGCUGGUUUGGCCGUUGGCAACAUGCUUAUCCUCGGCCACCGCACGUGGCUGUCGUCAAGUGGAAAAGUUUGAAAUCGCCCGCAGUCCUUCCAUUGACGACCGAGGAACUACCAACCGCGAGUGUGCUUGCUUCGGAGUAUCUGCAAACUCCAUAUCGUGUCUUUCCGAAUGAGGACUCUGAAGGUAUAGAGGCACCAAAGACCCGAGGUAUUCUCAUACGGGAAAUGAUCUCACUGCGACUCUCUCAUGGCUUCCAGAUCGUUGUUGGAAAGAAUGUGGCCGAAGUAUCAGGACAGCCGGCGCUUGAAUCAUUGAAUGUCUUCGAUUCUCGAGGACUAGAACGAGACGGCUUGACCGUGUUCCUAUCCAAGGGUAACACUAUUCACCGACUUGUCUGCGUUCAAGGAGGAGAGGUUGAAGUGACACGAUUCACGCAUCAAAACUCUGCUAUGCUCAUAUGCCCUAAGAAGGCCACCUUUACCCUCUAUCAGCCGGCCAUGAAGACGAUUCUAAGCCCGGAAUACGAAAUCAAAGACAUCAAGCUGGAUCCAACUGCCGAGGAAUACAAUUGGAACUAUGCCGACAACUACGUGGCUGGUCACCGCGACUACCUCCAGAACCCAGCACAGCAACUGCAUUUCUGGCGAGUCCGUUAUGUGCUCAUUCCGCUCCAACUCUAUCCCAGUUCGCGGCGCCAUCUACAGUCGUUCAAUGAGGACAACGAAGAAGAAAUUCAUUUGCUUGGUAUCAGCCAGCUGACCCAUAUCUGGCAACGGUACAAGUAUGUGUCGCCGGAAGAAAAGCUGUUCGAGACUUCGAAUCCCAAGACGGAUCAAAACCCCCUCAACAUCAUGUACCAAACUCGCAAUCCAUCGGAAAUUGUCACUGCAGAGCUUGAUCGAUUGCUUCUGACAGAUCCAGGUCUUGACAACGCCCCUGCUCAGCUCCUACCUGAGUCAGAAUUGCUGGAGAGGUCAAGCAUCAGUCUUUCAUCGUUGGCUCAAAUUAUUCAAGGCGAGAAGGGUGUACGAAUGAUGGAUCGACGCUGGCAUUGGAGACUGCACUACAACUGUUUCAUUGGCUUUGAGUUCACCACAUGGCUUUUGCAAAACUUGCGCGAUAUCGAUACCCGCGAAGAAGCAGUGGUUUUCGGAAAUGAAUUGAUGAAACAUGGUCUGUUCCAGCAUGUGGAGAAGAGACAUAAUUUCCGAGAUGGUAAUUAUUUUUACCAAGUCUGUGCCGAUUACCGCGUCACUCGUCCAGAGUCGCGAGGAAGUUGGUUCCCUCAACUCAGAGCAGCAGACAAAUCAAUGCCAUCUACGCCAGCCAUUGGAACUGCAAAGGAGUCUCCUGCCAGUCUCCAUGCGCGAUCAGACAGCAUUGACGAACGCAUACCGCAAACUCCCAGUACUCCUUCCAAGGCCAAGAACAAGGUCGCCAUCAUGUUGUCCAAAUCUAUGAAAUAUGAUGUCGAUCCGCGCAAACGGUCCAAUCGGCCUGAAGUCAUCGACCUCCACUAUGACCGAUUGCACAACCCGGAGAACUGCUUCCAUAUCGAGCUCAGCUGGAUGAGCGCAACUCCUAAGCUGAUCGAAGACACGGUACUCUCAUGGGCCUCAACCGCCGAGAAAUUCGGCCUCAAGCUAGUCCAAGUACCUAUAGCCGAAGGCUGCGCCAUCGACAAAACGCAACCAUUCCGCAAACCCUACGAGAUAAAGCUGAAGCUUCCACCACCAAAGGCACCCCUCCACACAGUAUUCAACAGCGCCUCAUUCGCGCAGCCAGGGCCCCCGGACCCUAAUUACUACCAGAAGGCAAUCCUCCGCAAAUUCGACUUCGUCUUAGAUUUUGAAGCCUGCUCCGCAUUCCCAGCAGACGUGGAAGUCUCCUACUCAUGGGGAAAACCAGACUACCUGUAUCCGCAGUUCAUCCACCGGACAGGUAGCCUCCUAGCCCAGAUCACCAACGAAGGCGACUUCCUCCUACUAGCCAACCGACUCGUAAGCACGCGCGGAACAGCAGGCCGGGACGCAAACCGCUUCGACCACAGUCGCUCCGACUUCCGAGGCCGCGCAACAACAACCCACGAUAACCUCGACCGGGUUUCGCCUCGCCUGUCCCCGGUUACACGGCCUGUCCACGACAUCGGCAGUCCGAUGAUCGGAUCCAAUGCCUCCAGUAUCGACUCUGCAAACCUUUACCGCGCCCCGGAGCAUAUCCUUAACGGUCUAGAUGAGUUUUGUAAGGAUGAAGCACAGUUGAAGCAAUUCUAUUCGGAGUCGCAUGUUCGUCCUGCUUCCACCAAGGUGGAGCCUGCCACUACGAAUCUGAUGGAUGCGUCUAUCCCGUCACUGGAGCUUCCGGCUAGUGUGGUCAGUCAUCACAUCUCGCCGCCGCCGGGAUUGCCGUCUCGUGUGACGCAUGAUUCGCGUGAGGGACUGAAGUCGCCGGAGUUUACGCGGGCUAGGGCUCGUGCUGAGAGUCUGAGCUACAUGGGCAGUCCUAGAAGUGGGAGCCUGCGACCUUUGAUGUAA